AUGAUUGUUCGCACGGAUUCAGCCUCCAGCUGCGGGCAGUUCGAAGAGGAAUGGGAUCUGAUGCAAUUACACCAACCCUGGCACCACCAAGCAACGACAUUUCAGUCAAAUAAUGAGAUCAUGGAGGGUUCGGGCGACGGUUCGCCACAAUCGUCGAUGUGUAUGGUGAAGGCGGCCGAGCUCUUUCCGAAACCGAUCCUCGAGAAAGAGGAAGAAAAGCUCACCGUACGGUUCCCCGAGCUUGCUGGUGAAUCGGUACGCUUCCUAGGUCAGACUGAUGAUGGCAUACUGGCACUUUCGAACUAUCGGCUGUUUCUGCAGAAGAAUAGCACUGGCGCCGGUGUGUCGGUUCCGCUCGGACUGAUCGAAUCGAUGCAAGUUCGUGACCUGUUCCAUCUGAUCGUGAACUGCAAAGACGCCAGUACCGUCCGUUGUUCGUUUGCAACGUCGGAGCAAUGCAGCGAAUGGAACCGUCGGAUAACGCUCUCGAUCGGUGUGCCGGAAACGCUGGAGGCACUGUUUGCCUUUCCGUUUCACGCGUGGGCCUCGGAAUCGCCGACGCUCAACCAGGACAACGAGUGGGCCGGCCGCCUGCAGCGUGUCGGUUCGUUCGACGAUGAGUUUCGCCGUGAGGCGGAACGGUUGCAGUUCGAUCUGCAGGGUGCCUGGCGCAUCAGUCAGGCAAAUGCGGAUUUUAAGCUCUGCCCGUCGUACCCGCGGUUGCUGCUCGUGCCGGCUUGCAUCUCCGACGAUACGCUACAGAACGUGGCAAGUUUUCGCAGCUCACGGCGCAUACCGGCGGUCGUGUGGCGUCAUCAGCGUACCGGUGCGGUUAUCGCACGCUGCAGCCAGCCCGAGGUCGGUUGGCUCGGAUGGCGCAAUUCGAAGGAUGAGCAGCUGUUGAAAGCGCUUUCGGAUGCAUGUUCGUUCGAUCGUGGCACACAGGACCGGGCAAGCGAUGGUACGAGACGGACGCGUACGCAAACCGACAGUUCGGAGGCAUCGAGUGAAGGCAGUCCACCGCGCAGCCCGGAAGGAAGCCACGAGGAGGUGGAAAUGGAUGAGCCGAAGAAGAUUCUGAUUGUGGAUGCGCGGUCGUACACGUCCGCGGUUACGAACCGGGCACGGGGCGGAGGAUGUGAGUGUGCCGAAUACUAUCCGAGCGCUGAGAUACAGUUCAUGAGCCUGGGAAACAUUCACGUGAUAAGGAAAAGUUUCCACGCGUUAAGGCAACUUUGCGCCUCGCAGGCGGACAUUCCAAAUUGGCUCGGAUUGCUGGAACGAACGCUCUGGUUGCAGCAUCUUUCCGGUUUGCUGGCGGCCUCGAUGGUCGUAUGCCAUGCAAUUGAGCGCAACGGACGACCGGUGCUGGUACACUGUUCCGAUGGUUGGGAUCGUACGCCGCAGAUCGUUGCGACGGCGCAACUCUGUCUCGAUCCGUACUACCGCACGAUAGACGGUUUCCGCGUGCUGGUCGAGCGGGAGUGGUUGAGCUUCGGUCACAAGUUUGCCGACCGUUGCGGGCACGGUCCCGGCUCGGACGAGACAAACGAACGGUGCCCGGUGUUCCUACAGUGGCUCGACUGCGUGCAGCAAAUCCAUCGGCAGUUUCCCUGCAGCUUUGAGUUCGACAUGGGCUACCUGAUCAAAUUAGCACAACAUUCGCAUUCGUGCCUGUUUGGAACGUUCCUCUGCAACACGGUCAAAGAGCGGCAGGAAAACAGCGUUCCCGAUCGGACGUUCUCUGUGUGGCCUUUCCUAUCCGGUCCGAUCUAUAAGAACCAUCUAUACGUGCCGAACCGCGAGCGUGUCCUGUGGCCGGCGCAUAAUGUGCGCGAUCUGCGCCUCUGGACGGAAGUGUACCUGGGCAGCUGGGGCGGCCACAACCAACAGUCGGCAUCGGAAGUGGCAGACUAUCCGACAGCGGCUGUUCCAGCGGGCGGUUCGGAUGUCGUGUCGGCGGUCGUCGGUGUAAGAAGCAUUGGAGCCGGCGGGGACUCAACCGGCAGCAUCCCUGUGGGAGUGGGAUCAUCAUCCGUGAAUGUUGUUGUCGAUGGAAUGGCAACGGCAUCGGUGGCUAGCUGUAGUCCGGAACAGAACGGUUCGAUGACGAAGACGCGCUCGUACAGUGAUAUCAAAGAAGCAACCUCAGGUGGCGGCAUGACACGUCGCUCAAGCGAUCCAAGCAUGACCUUAGACUCAAGCAUUAUUCAUCGGACAGGUGGACCGGCGACGCUUAAUCUUUCGCAGGAAGAAAGUUCAAUUGAAUCAAACCUCUCGUCCGAUCGCGAAACUUCGCCCGAUCUACCCUCCAUUGACGAUCACUUGCUACAUCGGGGAGUAACAGCCAGUUCCUUUAUACAGCACGCCACCGAAAAGCUACAAAUUCUCACCCAAGAACUGAACCAAUCCGACGAAGAGCUAGAACAAGCCAUCAAGAACCAGCGCAAUCUAGCCAACAGCAGUCCUGCUCGGAACACUGUCGUAACGACCGAACACACCGGUGCAGAGAUUCUUUCUUCCUCAGCCUCUUCUAGUCUAUACGCUAACGGUAGCAUCGGUGGGAUCGAUAGCUUAGCAGCGGCAGCAGCUGCCACUUUAAUUCCAACCGCAACCACAAACGUUCGACCUUCCUUUACGAGCACUAGUAUCAGCAACAGUUCGACCCAACAGCAAAGUAUCGACGAAAAUAGCUACCGUUAUCGUUUCCAACCGAUCGUACCGGAAUUGCCGACAACAGAUACGACGCGAUGCUCUCCGCAUGUGGCGAGAGAGUCCAGCAACAGUCCAACCCCAUAUCCGGCCAUACAGCAGCAACAAAAUCUCGUGAUGUGGCGGAAUCCAAUCGAUGAGAAUACCUCACGCAUCAUCAAGAUCGAAUCGUACCAGUCGGCUACUGUAGGUGGUAGCAAGGAUGUGUUAGAUGGUGGUGGCGGCGGUGGAUUGGGCUUGGAACGAGGUUCAAACCGUACCGUCAUCGGGCGGCCCAUCAUGGCCAACGACGAUAUGAUGAUGGAGAGCGUCGACCUAACGAUCGGAGGAACCGACAGCUUCGGUGGUGAUAAACUACUUUCCGCUUCGCCAAAUCGAUUAGAAUCCCCGGGACUGAAUGACAGAUCAUUAAGCCCCAAUCUUUGGCAUGGAUCGAUAGAGACCAGCACGGACACACUGGUACCUGUUGACCAGUAUCCGCUGUCCACCGGCAACAUGCAAAGUGGGUUAAGCAAUUUGGCAGAAGACGGUGAAAGCAUGCGGCACGGACACGAACGGCGGAAGGCAUCACUGCUGGAACAUGAGCAGCACUUCAACAACAGCAACGGUGUCGGUGGUAGCGGUAGUAUUAGUUUAGCAGUAGGAAACAGUGAUAGUAGUCAGCAGAGACUUGUAAAUGGUAAAGCAUCGGAAGCGACAACGGCGCCAAAUGACAUGUCUGAUGGGGCCGCCGAGGUCACGACCGAUAGCGAUACCGCCAAAGCUCCGACUGGUGAUAGUAAUGGAUGUGAUUUUACUAGUGAUAGUCAUGAUUACGAUAGGAAAUUAUCAAAUCAAUCAUCGUUGGUGUUGUUGGCCAGCGACUCGCUACCAAAAGAUCGCCCAGAUUACCGCCACCAGCAGCAUCCGCCAGAACCGACCUUGGAAAGUGAUCGAGGAGGAGGUGUAGGUCGAUCAGCACUGUCGUCUCUAGCGCAGAACAACAACGUUUGCUGUGGUGCAGUUAACUACAGUAAACUCAAAACGAAUGGUACACCGGCGGGUGUACCUGUGCCCUCUGGUCCGGCCACCACUAACAACUUGCUCACUUCGAUGAUGCUAAUGGACGAAAGCAUCAUCAUUCAGCCGCAGUUCCAACAGCUUGAAAUCAACGGCAAACAACUGCCCGGUGACGGUGGAGCGACGACUGCCGGAUACGGGCCAGUAAUAUCACAGAAGGAGCGUCGAAGAAGAAACUCGUCCAAUUCGAAGCAUGACCUCAUGAGCCCUUGUAAACCAACCAACGGAAGUAUAUCCCCAAGUGCCACACACUCCCGGUUUUCGACACCGGGUGCCCGGUCACUGCCACUGACACCACCGAGUGUACCGUACGGGACGGAUAGGCCACCGGUCGCGACGUUCUCGUGCCCGGACGGGUUGGCCCACGCACUCUCGGAGCAAAAUUUACGUCUCCAGCAGAUUGUUUACGAACACCGGCUUCGCGAGGAAGCACUGCAGCGUGAACUGUACGCCACGCGGUUAGCACUGUUGAAGAAAACCUGCCAACACUGUUGUAGCAGCAGCGCCCAACCACAGUACGGCAAUGAAGAUCCGGUGCCGGUGAGCAUUUCCAUAACCAGCGUUGCUGCUUUAACUGCUACCGCCGUCACGUCCACGAUGGGAGACAGGAUCGGCAGGGACGCCGAUCGGAACCGCAGAGGUGCCCACAGUCACAGCAGCAGCCGAAGCAGUAGCGGAGGUGAUAGUAUGGCCACUAUUACCUCCAUCCGUGCCACAGCUGCCACCGCCACUACCACUGGUGAAGAUCUGCUCGCGGAAGCCUUGAUGGGAUGUUCCUCUCUGUACGCUUUAGACGGUAAAAGUCUUUUGCUGUUUGACGCCCUUGAAGAGCAAGAUGAUGAAGAAUAUGAUGUGCCUGGUAGUGGUGGUACGACCGAAGAGCGUAGUUUAUGUCAAGCUAUAUUGAAACACAACCGGCGCUUCGUACAUAAUGUCCGUAUGUGGCGUACUGUGCGUCAGUUUCUAGAGCGUACCCGCCAGAAGCGUAUGGACUGUCCGUCAAGGGAUCCGGUAAUGCCUCCCGCCGAGUCUUUCCCUCUAGAAGAUCCGCUUAGCGAGUACUAUGCCAAUAGUGUGGUUGAUGACGAUGAGAAGAGUAGUGGCAGCAGUGCCAUUUUCGAAAAUAGUGGUAAUGUGGAUACGGAAUCAAAAAGGAUGAUACUACAUAGGCUUGACAGCAGCACUACCACUGAAGGAGAACACUCGCUGGAUGAUGUUAUCGUUGGUGGUAGCGGUGGUGGUGGUGGUGGUGGUGGUGGUGGUUGCGUUGGUAGUGGCGAUAGUGAUGAGGAUGAGAAUGAUGAUGCUGAAUUAUCCUCCCAACUGAUGGUGGAUUCAAUGAACGAAAAUGCGUCAAACUGUUCAUGGGAGGCGGUCGAUGAUCGGAGCGCACCAUCGUCGGGCGCAAACUCGUCCCAGCAGAUGCAGUACAGCAGCAGCGGUGUCGGUGGCAGCACCAGCGUACUCUGGGUGCCGGAUCAUGCCGUGACGCGUUGCACCACAUGCCAGACCGAGUUUUGGCUUGGCCGUCGCAAACAUCACUGUCGAUCGUGCGGGCAGAUCUUCUGUGCGGACUGUUCCGAGUUUACAGCCCAUCUGCCGGAAGAGCGACUUUAUCAGCCGGUUCGGCUGUGCGGUCCCUGCUACCAGCGGAUCUCAUCCAUGACGGUACUCGCAACCAGUUCCAUCCCUGCGCCGGCGGCUGGUAGUACACUCACGUCGUCCAUUACGCACAGCUGUAGUCUGGCAAGUAAUGCCACCGGAUCAACGGUAAAUGGAGCGGCAGGAGGGACCGCAUUGAACGACGAUGCGUUUCUACACCGUUCGAACGUAGCAGCGGCCACGAUGAUGAUGCGCGAUCGGAUCACCAGCAUGAGCCAGAUUCAAUCCUUACUAGUGGCCGAAUGUAGCUCGGAAGCAUCGAGAGCUAGCGACAGUUGCUGCAAGCCGAACGUUACCGCAGCGACCAACUAAACUUCACCACAGACUUACAUUCUAUUUCUUACUUCGAUCUGACCCAAGCUGUGCGGGAUGUGUGCGCGUUUAAUCUUUAAGCGAACGUUAAUGUGCACUCGUGUGUGAACGUUAGGCGGGCCACAAUGUAGAGACUUUGUGAGACUAAAAGCAGGACGAGUGCCAACACACACUUAUUGUUAAAUUUGUAUAUUAUCUUAUGCAUCAACUCGUACGUUCAUUCUGUUCAUGUUAGUUUUUUGUUUGUUUGUACACAACACAUUACCAUCAUUACACACACCCGAGAGACACGCAAACGCACGAUUAUUUUAUCUAAUAAUUUAUCGAACUUUUUACUUGUUGUUUGACUCGUUUUACGAUUUCUUGCUAGAAAUGAUUACUGUUAGACUUUAUUUUCCUUAAAUAAUGAAACUUACUAAUUGGUAAGCGUUUUCUAUUUUUUUAAACUUCCAACUCUUCUGAGAUGCAUUGCUAUGGGUACGCUUUUAUAGUAGGGUAUUCUAAUACGAUGUGUGCGUGAGGCCGAAAACAGCAAAAGAAAUAUGCUGCGUGAUUAAUCUGUGACCUUUCUAUUUCCCCCCUACAACGAUUAAGUUAUGCAGUGAGUGCAACGCAAAAUGGAAAAGGAACAAACAUAUAAAAAAAGAAAUAAUCAAAUGACAGUAACAGGUUUUGUGGGUGUAAUACACGGGACACACGUGGAAACAAAACGGCGGUAUAUGGAAAACAAUAUGUUAUAUCUUAUGCAUUAGGGAAAACUAUUGAAUGGUGUGAAGUAGAAUAUACGAUAAAAUAGAAACGGAGGAAACGAUGAUGCAAACAUCACACACUAUUAAAGAUAUGCAGUGAAGUAGUAAAACAAGUCUUGCACUGGAAUCGAAUGUUUCAACUCUCGGAAAUUAUGCAUACCAAUCACAUACACACACACACCCACACACUAAAGUCAAUCCCCAAGAAAGCCAAGGAACCCUCUUAGGGUAGAGAAAGUACAGUAACUGUAAGCAAUUGUAAUGAAAAACCACGAUACACACCCCGAUGUGCGUAAUAGUUUAUCAAAAACAAAACAAAAACAUUAAUAAAGUGUGUCUCUCACGAAGGUAGAAGAAAACCAGAAAGACCACAUGUAGGUUAUAAAAAAGGAGGAAGAAUAAACGCAAAUGUAAAUACCAUCAUUUGAGAGAGCAAAAGAACAAUAUACACACACACAGAUAACAUUAAGGAAUAGGAAUGCAAAAAAAAAACAAACAUUUAAGAAAGAUUAUAUUAUACAUGUAUAUGAAAACAAA